AAGAAGCACUCACGUCGUUCAGUAAAAGUAGAUUUGGUCCAGGAGCCCGCAGGUGCGACCAGAAACACGUUCUCAGUUUGGUCCAUGAAACAUCAGAAAGGCCUGUUCCUUUAAAGAGCCCAGUGCGCAGGAUCUGUUGGCAGAGACGGACUAUCACACAUUUCCUUUGGUGUGUCACCAUCUGAAAUGUUUUCAUCCGUCUUUAGAAGGUGUGUGUUUGCUGCGUCGGCCCGACGAGUUGCUGGCACGACCUGGACAACAGCGAGUACGACUGCUGGCCUCUGGACAAACCCGACGAGUACAACAUGAUCGACUGUGGGGGUCUGGAGAUGGCCUGGGUGGUCCGUCCUCCAGAGACGGUGAAGACCGGUGAGGUGUUCAGCGUCACAUACUCAGUGACGGCUGGUGACUCUUUCUACCUCUGGGCUGUCCAGAACCGCAUCUUCACACUGAGUUCCAUAGUGGACGCUCAAGCAGCUCGGAGGUUUUGUGAACAGCAUGAGUGUCCGGUGAACUGGAAAGACGCUGAUGGAGAAAACUGCUGCAUCCACCACGCUAACAUCCACUCCUGCCCGCUGGGAUACAUGACAUCAGAGAGCAUCUGUGGCCCCUGGAUUCCUGACGACGGAAAAAUCUUCACACACACCAUCUCUACCUCCGGAAAGAUGACCCAGACCAACUGGACUGCCAAGGUGGUUCUGGUCCAUGCAGGCUUGACGUCUCUCAUCGCUCACAUUCGAGUCGGUCGCAUGCAAGUCGCUCUUGAGGCUAAGACCACCGUGCAGCCUGCUGUAGUCUGCGGCGAUGGCGUUUGUGAGGAGGCGGAGCUUUGUUCCACCUGUCCAGCCGACUGUGGUGAAUGCCCUCUGAGCCCGACCACCAAGCUGGCCAUCGGGCUGCCGCUCAGCCUGCUCUGCCUCUGCUUCACACUGACUGCUGUGUGGCUGAGGUACCAGAAACAGAAGCUGCUGUGGGACGAGAGCUGGAUCAUCGACUUCACCGCAAUAAAACAAGAUCAGGAGGCUCGUAUGACCAUGGGCAGCAUCAUGAGCGUCCCUGCGGGGAACAGCGACAGUAACACCAGCUGUGUGACUGCUCUCAGCUCCUACACAGGACAACCAGGGGCCCGCAAAACGCUGUUCACCUGCACAGGGAUUUAUGACGGCAGGACCGUGGCCAUCAAGAGGACUCAGACAAAGACUUUCUCCUUGUCCAAAACCAUCAGACAGGAAGUCAAACAAGUCAGGGAGCUCGAUCACCCCAACUUGUGCAAGUUCAUUGGCGGGUGUGUUGAAGUGCCGAAUGUUGCCAUAGUGACAGAGUACUGCCCAAAGGGAAGCCUUAACGACGUCCUCCUUAACGAGGAGAUCCCGCUCAACUGGGGCUUCAGGUUCUCCUUUGCUGCCGACAUCGCCAGAGGGAUGUCGUACCUCCACCAGCACAGGAUCUGCCACGGCCGACUCAAGUCUCUGAACUGUGUCUUGGACGACCGCUGGGUCUGCAAAAUAACAGAUUACGGCCUGAGGACGUACCGCAGGGAUGACGGGGUGGAGCCUCUCUCCACCUACCAGCAGAGGCUCUUGGAGGUGUACAUGCCGCCCGAGUUUCACAACUCCAACAUGGAGCCGACGCUGGCCGGAGACGUUUUCAGUUACUCCAUCAUUCUGCUGGAGAUCGCCACCCGCAGCGACCCCGUUCCGGCAGAGGAGUCCAACCUGGAGAGCUCCUGGUGUCCACCGCUGCCGGAGCUGAUCUCCAGCAAAGCCGACAACACCUGUCCCUGUCCUGCCGACUACGUAGAGCUGAUCCGGCGUUGCCGUUCUCAUAACCCCGCCCACCGACCCACCUUCGACCAAAUCAAGAAGUUUGUUCACCGAAUCAACCCGAUCAAAGUCAGCCCGGUGGACAUGAUGAUGAACCUGAUGGAGAAGUACAGCAAACACCUGGAGGUGCUGGUGGCCGAGCGGACCCAGGAUCUGAUGCACGAGAAGCAGAGGACUGACCGGCUGCUGUACAGUAUGCUUCCUAAACAGGUGGCCGAUGACCUGCGGCAGGGGAGACCGCUGCAGGCUCAGAGCUACGUCAGUGCCACCAUCUUCUUCAGUGAUAUCGUGGGCUUCACACAGCUGUCCAGCAGCAGCACUCCUUACCAGGUUGUGGACUUCCUCAACAAGCUCUACACGACCUUUGAUGACAUCAUCGACAACUAUGACGUCUACAAGGUGGAAACCAUCGGAGACGCCUACAUGGUGGUGUCCGGGGUUCCCCGGGAGAACGGGAUCCUCCACGCUUCAGAGAUCGCCAGCAUGGCUCUGGACUUGGUGGGCGUUUGUCGCACCUUCAGGAUCCCCCACAAACCCAACAUGCAGCUGCAGAUACGAGCUGGGAUACACUCAGGUCCAGUGGUCGCGGGGGUUGUGGGGACAAAGAUGCCUCGUUACUGUCUGUUUGGAGACACGGUCAACACGGCGUCGAGGAUGGAGUCCACCAGUCUGGCCCUGAAGAUCCAGUGCAGCUCCAGUGCUUUCUACCUGCUGGAGGAGAUCGGCGGCUACGUGUUGGAGUGCAGAGGAACGCUGCAGGUCAAGGGUAAAGGUGAUAUGGUAACUUACUGGCUGGAGGGCAAGAAGACGUCUCAGGUCUCUAAGGACAUCAGCCUCGAUUCCAAGAAGGCCAAGCACGUUACCAUGGGGACGGAGACAGAAGCAGAGACAGAGGGGGAGGCGUAUGCGUCCCUGCCCGGCUUUCUGAGCGAGGACCUCCUCCUGAACCCAGCCUGAUGGUUUUGAUUGGCUGGCAGUUAGCGUGAGAGGUUUUCAUGACGUGUUCUCUGUGACGUGUGCGUGUCGUACUGUGGCUCCCCCUGCCUUCGUGUGUUUACUGGACGUGGGCUUGUAUUAGAGACCAGCUGUGGCGUGCUGAUACAUUCAGACGUUAGCAGCUUCAGCGACCUGCUGGGCUUUGACGGCUAACGACUGGGACUCGGCGAACUGCUCCAGCGCUCAGUGUGAUGUUGUCGUGCUUACUGUGCUCAGUGCUGACCUGUAGAACGCUAACUGUUCUGACUGUUUUGUUCUCGUUUGACAUCUUCGCCUGAUUGACAGGACAUUUUAGACUCUGAUUGUCAUGAUAAUAAACCAGGAGGAUUCUG